AUGUCGCGCGGCGACGCUGCCGAAAGCGGCUCAUCGGUCACUCCACGAAAGCGCCCGGCAGAAGACUUCAUCAAGCCCAUCUACGGCAAUUUCCAACGUUACUACCACAUCCGCAACCCCAACACGGCGGACCAGGACGCUUGGAUACCCGGCAGCUCGGCUCAUCCCGCCCUUGCUGUCGACGGCCGAGUCACAAGCAUCCUCACAUACCUUUGCAGCUACUUCGCUGUUACAGAUGAGGCCUCGAAGCGGAUAUAUCCCUCAGAGCAAGUAGAGGUGCUCGAUAUAGGAUGCAACAGCGGAAAGCUUACGAUUGAGCUUGCUCAGACGCUGCCUGGGCUUUUGCGCGAGUGCAGAGCUGGCGGUCAAAAUCCGGACUCGAGGUAUGAGGAUAGGGUGAUGAGCAAGGGGGACGUUAGGAUAGUCGGCGUCGACAUCGAUGCGUCAUUGAUCAGGCAGGCUAAGAUGGCCGCCGCCGCCGCCCGAUCACGCUAUCGACCAGAGCAUAUCCGCAAUGCAGGCGAUAGGAACCUCGAUGACACGUCGGACCGCAAUGCGCUACCUCCCAAAGCGUGUCAUUUUCCGAGCGUCUUCCCGACGCUCUACGGGAGCAUACCCUCUACCGCCAACAAGGAAGGAAGUCUAUGCGCCGAACAUCAUUCCCAUGAUGCCCACCUCUGCCCGCCCUAUCUUGACUUCCACGCGCUCGAAUGGGUCUCAUCUUCCUCUCCCCAGCCCGUUCCCAGCUCUCACCCCAUCCACGAUACCUCCCCCGACCGCGGCUACACCAUCAUCCUCGCACUCUCCAUCACCAAAUGGAUCCACAUCCAGCAAUCCGAUCUAGGACUGAUCCGCUUCUUCGCGCGCAUCUCUUCCUCCCUUCGUCCCGGCGGGCUGCUGUUUCUCGAACGCCAACAGUGGCCCAGCUACCACUCGGCGCGGAACAUGGACUCGACCAUGAAGGGCAAGAUCCGACAGCUGCAGUUGCGGCCGGAUGGCGAUUUCGAUUGGUGGCUCGAGACGAUGGGGGUGGAGUUGGUGGAUGUGAUCGGGCACGGGACGGGAGUUGGGUUUGAGCGACCGCUGCAGGUGUUUCGGAAGACGGAGGGAUCGAAGGAGGCGGAAUUGGUGGAAAGGGUGUUGAAUGAAGGGUUGGAGCCGGUUGCCUGGGUUGCGAGAUCGCGUUCUUCCCGGUCUGCGGGAGGGUGA